AUGAACGGACGGUCAAGCUUUACCACACUGGAAACAAAGUGCAUCAGCCUUACUGGAAAUCAUGCACACCUAUGUAGGUUCUGUCACUGCUUUCUCAUAACAGUAUUUUUAACUAGACACUGCAGGGAGCUUAUACUCUGGGGUAACAAGUUAGUGCUGACCCCCUUCUUUCCUGCUUUUUUUUUUUUUAACUCCCUAGAAAAAGGCCUCUCUUUGCUUGGGUACCAUCUGUGCAACUACAGCCUGACCAGAAACGUGGUUAAAAUGGUUGCCUACCACAAGUCCUAUGAGAAAAGCACUUCCUGUGGAGGAUGGAUACCAUGGAUGGUGUGUCCCAAGACAUACUAUAAAAUGCAGUAUCAUACUGUUGAAGUCCCUGAAACCGUCACUCUUACAGAUUGCUGUGAAGGAUACGAACAAGUUGGACUCUACUGCUCCUUAGCACUCAAUAGAUCCAGUGUAUUUGCCUCAAGACCUGGUGCUUGUCCAAAGGAGAAUAUGGAAACAUCGGAUUAUCCUUGCACUUUCGAUACUGAAUGUCCAGGGCUUAAAAAAUGCUGCAACUCUUCCAAAGGAGCAGGCUGCGUGGAUCCAGUGCCAGAGGGAAGUACAUUCUGGUACAACGUGACAGUACUUGUGAAAAUGGAUUUUGAUGAAUUAAUCAGAGUGGAUUCCCAUCUUCUGAAUCAUUCGCGCCUUUUGCACUCCAUGAUUACUGGUGCAUUAGAGCCCUUGAGUGCCUCCAUACACCAUAUCCAAAGUAACCAUGCAGAAGUAUAUGCUGGGACAGUGGCCUCCCAGGUUCUCAUUGGACUACAUCAGCCAGCUCCGCUCAUGCAAGUUUCUUCUUCCUUGAAGGACAUCGUGAAGCGCACAUAUGAAGUCAUUGAUACGGAAGUGCAAGAUGUCAAUGAAUGCUCCUAUGUGGGAUUCAAUGCUUGUCCUGAGAAGAGCACCUGUGUAAAUCUGGAGGGUUAUUACAGCUGUGACCCUCAGCAUGAGCAUGCAGAUGUCAUUCCUCACCAGCUGAGCAGAAGAAAGGAAGGCAUAGCAACAUCUACUCCAAGUUCAGCACUGGGUCCUGUUAACACCAACUAUAGCUCCCUGCCUGUAAGCAAUUCAAGUCUGUUGUCCAUAACUAACCAACCUACAGAUGCUGGGUGCUAUCCCUCUACAGUUGGAAACCACCGAGUCUUCAGCGUCAACAGCAGCAGUUUUGAAAUGUCCUGGAAUGUCACUUCUACUCUGAACCAUACUUUCCAAGUCCAAGUGUUCAAGGGCAAAGAGAUUGUACAAAACCUGAAGACAGAGGAAAUGAAAGUGGAUGUGUCUCAGCUGGAAGCAGGUGUGAUGUAUUCAGUAGAGAUCAGCUAUGAAACCUGUGGAAAAACCAGCAUCUCUCGUCAAAAUGUUAAAACAGAAGCCAAGGUGUUUGGUGUUACUAUGAGGAUUCUCAACUACAACUUCACUGAUGAUUUCAAGAAUGCCAGUAGCUUAGCAUAUGAAGAAUUUUCAAGACUGCUGCUUAUGGAGCUUGAAAAUUCAUUUCCACCCAACAUUUCUGCUUUAUACAAAUCUGGGAAGCUGAAAGUGCAGGUGGAAUCCCUGCAAGCUGGAAGCAUCAUUGCGAGGCUCAGAAUCACUGUGCAGGAUCCCGAGUUUCCACUUGAUGCCUCCACACUUGCCCUGGUGUUUUCUUACCUGCACAAUGGCUCGGUGCUUUCGGUGGAUCAGCAAAACACUGCAGUAGAAGACUGGGAUGAAUGUGCUUCUUGUGUGGAGAAUGACUGCUCUAUGUCUGCGGAGUGUAUCAACCUGAUGGGCUCAUACACGUGCAGAUGCAAGACAACCAUGGAUACCAACCCGUCCCGACCUGGAAGAAACUGUGAGGGUGAGAUUGUAGACCCUCUCCCUGAAACAGUGGCUCCUGAAAGAGCAAACAGCACAGAGUUUGCUCCUGAAGAAGUAAGCUCUGCAGACCCUGCUUCCCCUGCCACCACAGAGAUGGUGGCUGCUACAGGCUCUGAGACUAGCACUGCAGUACACCUCCCUGCUGCACUGUCCCAGGGUGACGAGCAAGCACCCCGUGGUCAUUCUCCCACCAGUGUUCCUCCAACCCCUUGGGAAAAAGGCUUGGCAUCACAGAUGGACUUCAGUAGGGACAACAGCCCCAUGGCCGCAGGGGCCACAGCCAGCAAGGAAUUGGCCAUAAGUCCAUCGCAGCAAAGCUCUAUGGCAGAGGCUUCCCCUGGUGCAUUGCAGCAGGUGGCUGCUCUCACAAAUGCACCCAUGGGCACAGCUGGGCAAGGGCAACUCAGUUUGUCAUUGCUGGUGUUUCCAAAUCAAACAGCUACCACCAGAAGCCACACAGCUUUUGAUGCACCUCAAGCCAACUCUGAAGAUGGCCCCAGUACAGCUCUGCUGGCCAUAGGGGAUGCCAGUGUUCCCACUGCCAACACCACUAUAAAAGCAUAUGCAGAGAUGGGAAGAGAGAACAGCUCUUGGUCUGAAAAACACCCUGAAGCCCUGGGGUCACCAGCUUUGCCAGGCACCUCUCCAGCUCCCAGCCUGACACCAGUCCUAGCCAUGAACCGCACUGUCCAGAAGCUUAGUGGCACAGUACGGAUAACAAAUGUAAAAUACUCUCUGAGCUUUAGCAACACAAGCAGUGAGGAAUAUCAAGCCUUUGCACACCUCUUUGUUGAUGAAGUACAUAAAUCUCUGCCCCCUGAAGUUCUUCAGCAGAUGGAUGCUGGUCUAAUUAAAGUGUUGGUAACAGGUAUUACUAAUGGGAGCACAGUGGUAAGUUUCAAUUUACUGAUUGCAGAAGAUGUGGAUAUCUACUACAUCAUUGCCACUUUUCACGAUGCCUUUGAAAACAGCUCCUGUUUCACAGUUGACAAGAGCAGUCUCUCCAUAAACGAUUAUGAUGAAUGCGAGAGUGAAGAAGAUGACUGCUCCCCAGAUGCCUCGUGCCAUAACACAUUUGGGUUCUACCAGUGCAGCUGCAAUGAAGGAUUUGAUGAUGUGCACCCAGAAAAGCCUGGAAGAAGUUGUGAAGGCAAAAAAAUAUUUAAUUAUCUAAUGCUUUCCACGGUGUCUCUCAGGACACCCUGUAAAUUACAACAGAACCUUUAUUUUUGUCAUUCUUCAGCAUUUCCUAUCAGCCCGAAGGCAACAGCGAUGGAUGAGAAGCCUGUACACAGCACAGUUUUACCUGUGACAUCUUUGCAAACUUCAACUCAAGCUCCUUCCUCUACUUCAGUGGACCUUACUACUGAGCACAAAGGUCUGGAGGACACCACAUUCACAAGUGUAGUGCUGCCUCUUCUCACCAUGGAUCCUGUGUCAACUUCUGGUGUUUCUCCUCAAGCAUCUCCUGUUUCCCUCAUUAAACCUGCCCAGGAGGUUUCCAUUAAAGAUGCAGUGGAAGUGUUUUGUGGAAUUGAGAAGAUCGUCCUUGCCAUCCAGAAGAGGUUUUUACAGCAGGAGUCUAUUCCUGAAACCUCCCUGUACCUGGGGGAGCCUCACUGCAACGUGAGCAUCAGCAAUGGCACUCAUGUUGUGCUGCAGGCAGGCUGGCGUGACUGUGGCACUGAAGUUGAGACUAACAUGACUAAUACAGUAGUGAAAACCAUCCUUCGGAAUGCUCAGGGAGUAAUCUACCACUUAAAAGUUGCUAGCCCCAUUCACUGUGUGUUUCAAAAUGAUCUCUUGACUUCCUCUGGAUACACUGCAGAAGGACUUUACACCAUCUUUGAGGAUCUGCAUGGAUCUGGACACUUCAGAACAGAAAUGCAGCUGUUUAUUGGAAACUCCCCAAUACCAAAAAAUUUCAGCAUCUCUGCCAGUGAUGAUGUACUGAUUGAAGUGGGAAUCCAGAGAGCAGACAGCAAGCUCAAGGUGGUCCUAACUGACUGCUGGGCAACUCCAACUAAUAAUUCAGUGGAUCCCCUCUCAUUUGUUUUUAUCAGCAACAGCUGUCCCAUCCCAGAUACAUACACCACACUGCUAGAGAAUGGGAACUCAAGCAAAGCACAGUUUAAGAUGAAAAUCUUUUCCUUUGUCAACAAUUCCGUGGUUUACUUACACUGCAAAAUUCGUAUUUGUAUGGAGAGACCAGGAAGCACCUGCAGGACAAGAUGCCGUGCAGUUCGACUCAUGAAGACUGGUGAAACCAUCGCUACGCACAGAACAUCUUGGGGACCCCUAUGUAAAUCAGCUGGAUCUGAUUUGAAGAGACAGAAGGAGGCUGGCGUGGGAGUUGGAUACAUCAUCCUCAUUGCCUUUGCUGUGUUUGGCGUUGUGCUGGGAGUUGUGAGCCUUCUCAUCUUCACAUACCAGAGAAAGAUGGGAAGAUACAACUUCAGAAUCAAGUCUGACAACUUCAGCUACCAAGUGUUCUACGAGUAGUUAUUUCCAGAUUGCCAGAUUUGUAUCACGUCUCAUCACAUGAAGAACUGAAAAUUGUCUUCAUUCAGCAUUUGGCUUUCAUCACGCUUCACAAUGGUGGUCAUGACUAUUUACAGCACUGACUUUUCCAAACUAAUGUUGUAUAUAAAAAGCUUCAAUCCCUCCUUUUAUUUACUUAUUUAUUUGUUAAUCUGGCUCUUCCCUGGUGUCCUGAGAACUAUUUUUCCCUGCAGCUCCAGAUUGAAGUGAAUUUUGGCAGGUUUUAUUAUGGAUAAAAUAGAAGGGAAAAAAGAAAGACUUAAUAGUUCUCUAAUCAAGUUCCAAUAUUUGGCUCUCCCACUGUGCAAUGUUACCAUAUGCCCACCUUAGCAUCACUUGUGCCAUUACUAUUGACAAGCUGAAUGUUUCUAUAAAUAUUCCAGAAAGUAAAUUAAAAAACCCUUAGAGAGAUUUCCUUUUCCGUUUGUGAUUCACUAUUUACUUAAGGUGAGGUUGAAACUUCGAGCUACAGCUUCAAACAUUGAAGACCUAAUUGUGCAACGCCUUAAGCAUACAGAAGCUGGAGACCUAGUAUUGGAUUUGCCACCAGAUAAAGAAAAGGCACCAUGAAUGUGAGGCUUAACCUAUUCAGUGUGUUCUUCAGCAUGAGUUUUGAGAUUUGAAUGUAUAUUCAUUUAUUAACAAGGA